AGGAGCACCUAGUUUCAGCUAAGGUAUCGCUACGAUUGCUACUUCCAUUUUAAAAUGAUGCUGGUAUACAGCAAACUUUCUCUGUACUAUAAUGGUUGAUUGCUCGUCACUUAUCGCUCCAUAGAAUUAAAUUGAUUCACGCGUACCUAGUUUGCAACCACGAUGCUCAUCCGUCCGUCGCAAAUUCCUAUACUGCCAAAGGAGCCUACCUCCUCUGUCCCUGAAUACAGCAGCAACAAGCAACCUGUCCAUGUCUCUCCCAUUGUAUUCAAGGGUGAUAUCAAGGAAGCGAUCAAGAAAAAGCUGGAAUUAGCUGCUUUGAACGAAAAACUAGGACAAGAUGAUUGCUUUUAUGUUUUGGACCUCGGGCAAUUGUACCGACAACAUUUGAAAUGGAAGCGAUGUCUCCCAAGAAUUAAGCCGUACUAUGCUGUCCAAUGUAACCCAGAUAUCAAAAUCAUCAAGUAUCUGGCAACCUUGGGCCUAGACUUUGACUGCAUUACCGGGCCUGAAAUGAAAAAGGUCAUGGACCUUGGUAUUGAUGCUUCCAGAAUCUAUUACGCGCACACGUGCAAGCAGGCAUCCUAUCUUCGUUUUGCUGCUGAUCACAGCGUUAAGACAAUGACCUUUGACAAUGUUGACGAGCUUUAUAAAAUCAAAGCACUAUCUCCAAACGCACAGUUGCUGUUACGCAUUAUAACCGAUGAUUCGAAAGCUCAGUGGGGAACUGGAAACAAGUUUGGCGCGUCUCUAUCUGCAGUCGAAUCCUUACUGAAGAUUGCCAAAAAGCUUGCACUCGACGUCAUUGGCGUCAGUUUUGAUGUGGGCAGCGGAUGUUCCGAUACAAGUUCAUAUCAGGUUGCCCUGGAAAAUUCUCGCAAGGUCUUUGAUCAAGCCAAAAACCUGGGAUUUGAUUUCCAUCUUCUUGAUAUCAACGGCGACGGCUUUCUGGGUAUCGAUCAACCGGGAAAACCAUCCUUUAGACAGUUAGCCGCAAAUAUUAGUAAAACCUUGGAUUCACUAUUUACGCCUGAUGUACAAGUAAUGGCAGAAACCGGGCGCUUCUACACAGCAUCGACGCUCACCGUGUGUUGCCAAAUUGUCGGCCGUAAAAUGCUACCAACCCAAAACGAGAACGAUGUAUACAGAAACUAUAUGUAUUUUGUAAAUGAUGGUUUACAUGGCUCUUUUGCCCCACGCCUGUUAUAUCAAGAUGUGCUCAACCUCAAAGUCUUGAUGAAGGAUAACGUAUGCAUGUAUCGCAAAACGGUCAAAGAACCCACUUAUCCAUGUAGUGUAUGGGGCCACACCUGCGAACCAGGCGAUUGUCUCACAGAAAAUACACGACUUCCAUUAUUGACAGCCGGUGAUUGGAUCUACGCAGAAAACAUGGGCGCUUACACGAUCGCAAAUUCGCACUUUUGCGGCUUUCAGCGACCAAAAACUGUAUAUGUCGAUACCUAUAGAAACCUCUGAUAAUGGGUUAUUGCAUAUCUAUCCAUUAAAGUACUUAGUUUGUCUGUAUUUAUAAUUGGUGAUACUGUAAGCUAUCUAUGAACUUGAUAAAUACAUGCCUUUUCCCUACAGGGACUGUGCUUGCAUGUACACUUUUCUUUAUAUGCAUUUGAAAUACCGCUUUGUAAUGGUUUGGUCUGUCCGAGGAGGAGUUAUGUAUUGGCAUUGUCGAUGCUUCAAGAUAUGGUUG